UACUGACAGCAAACAGACGAGAGGUUAAUAUAGACAUUGCACCCAUAACCGAACCGAAAUUGUAAGCCAGAAAGGAAUCACGUUCAGAUUUCGAACUAGGACCAGAACAGAGCCCAAUGAGUGGAACAAUCACAUAAUCCGAACGGGAAUAGAAGCGAACCCAGUGGUCUAAACGGAAAGACAUAACUCAGAGCUGCAUUUACCUCAGAAGCAAUUUUGAGCCCAUCUUAGGGUGGAACCCGGGUCGGUGCAGUUGACUUGCCCCGCACAUGAUGAAUUACCUACGGCGCCGCCUGUCGGACAGCAACUUUAUGGCGAAUCUGCCUAACGGGUACAUGAGCGACCUGCAGCGCCCGGAUCCCCCCGCCCCACCGCCUGCAGCGCCGCCCGCCGUCUCCCCGGAGCCCAGCGGUGGAUUCUUCUCAUCGCUUUCCAAUGCCGUGAAACAGACCACGGCUGCUCUCAGCGAGCAGGUGUCCACGGCGGCAGGGGGAGGCACUGGAGCAUCCGCAAGGGGAGGCAAAUUGCUGCUGGUCAUUGAUGAGCCGCAUACCGAUUGGACAAAAGUCUUUAAGGGGAAGAAGAUCAAUGGUGAAUUUGAGAUUAAAGUGGAACAAGCUGAGUUCUGUGACUUGAAUCUUGUGGCUCAUUCCAAUGGCAUCUUUUCUGUGGACCUGGAGGUGAUGAGGAAUGGGGUGAAGGUAGUAAGGUCAAUAAAACCAGACUUUGUGCUGAUUCGUCAGCAUGCCUUCAGCAUGGCGCGUAAUGGAGACUUUCGCAGUUUAGUGAUUGGUUUACAGUAUGCUGGUGUCCCUAGCCUGAAUUCCCUGCACUCAGUCUAUAACUUCUGCGACAAGCCUUGGAUGUUCUCCCAGAUGGUCCGUCUACAUAGGAAGCUGGGGCCCGAGGAAUUUCCUCUCAUUGAACAAACCUAUUACCCUAACCACAAAGAGAUGCUCACUGCGUCUAAAUUCCCUGUUGUAAUCAAAAUGGGUCAUGCACACUCCGGCAUGGGGAAGGUCAAAGUAGAUAAUCAGUACGAUUUCCAGGACAUCGCUAGCGUUGUCGCAUUAACAAAGACCUAUGCUACAUCGGAGCCUUUUAUAGAUGCAAAAUAUGACGUCCGCAUCCAAAAAAUUGGAAAUAACUACAAAGCCUAUAUGAGAACUUCUAUAUCUGGAAACUGGAAGACAAACACAGGAUCCGCCAUGCUGGAACAGAUUGCUGUGUCAGACAGAUACAAGAUGUGGGUGGAUGCCUGCUCAGAAAUAUUCGGAGGCCUGGACAUCUGUGCUGUAGAAGCUCUGCACGGAAAAGAUGGAAAAGAUCAUAUUAUUGAGGUGGUUGGUUCCUCUAUGCCUUUAAUUGGAGACCAGCAAGAUGAGGACAGGCAACUAAUAGCUGAUCUUGUGGUCAGUAAGAUGGCUCAAUACAUUCAGUGCAGCUCUUCACCAAGUCGCUCCCUCCAUACGCAGCAGCCACAGGCUCAAGCUGUUCAUGCACGAUCCCCAGCCCCUGCCCAGCAGCAGCAGCAGCAGAGACCCCCUCCUCAAGGAGGGCCACAGACAGCUCAAGGUCCUCAGCGCCAGGGCCCUCCAUCCCAGCAGAGACCUCCUCCACAAGGUCAGCAGCUUCAGGGUUUAGGUCCCCAGCCCUCCCCACAUCCGCCAAAUCUUCCUAGCCCAGGGGCCCAACAACGCCAAAUGAUUCCUCAGCAGCAGCCACAGCAGCAGCAGCAGCCCCAGCAAGUCCGGCCACAGCAGCCUUCCCCUCGCCAAUCGCAAUCACCUCAGAGGCAGCCAAGCCCUCAGGGCACACAGUCACCCCAACGUCAACAACAGGCUCCACCUAUGCCAACAGGUCCAAAGCCAGUAGGUGUACAGCCAUCCCAACCUCGCCAAGGUGGUCCUCCAAGACAAGCAGUUCCUGCAGGACCCCAACAAAAGCCUCCUCCUCCAGCCCAUCAGCAACAACAGCAGCAACAACAACAGCAACAUGCUAUGCGCCAGUCAGGACAGCAGAUGCCAACCCAACAACGCCAGUCAAUUCCAGGAGGGCCACAACCUCCACCGCAACAACAGCAGCAGCAACCACAGCCUCAACAACAACCACAACGGCCAAUGACACAGCAGCCUAGACCUAAUCCCCAAGCACCUGUGCAAGGUCCUGCACGCCCUGGUGGGGCCCAAAAGCCUCAGCCAGCUCAGAAGCCGGGCUCCGAGCUGCCCCCACCCCAGCCGCAGCUGAAUAAGUCCCAAUCCCUCACCAACUCCUUCACCCUUGCAGAAUCAGCAGCUCCGCGGUCCAGUCUUAGCCAUGACGAGGUGAAAGCUGAGACCAUACGCAACCUGAGGAAAUCCUUCGCAAGUCUCUUCUCAGAUUGAAGGGAUCUUCCAAGAUUCACUGUUCCCCUCUGACUACAUCACAACUCUCCCAUCAAGCACUGCGGCUAUUUGUAUACUCUGCAUAUAUUGUUAACGUCCCCCUCUAAUCUCUAUGCACGGCUUAUCCUACUCCUAAGAGUGUGAGUCAAGAGACAAAUAUGGAGAAAUUGUAAAGGAAAGGGAAUAAAACUGCAGAUGAUGGGAGAAAGAGAGAACUUCAGUAUAAUAAAGGGUAAAUUCCUUAGUAUAUAAAGAUAUUAUGCAUAUAUAUUUAAAUAAAUAUAUAUAUUUUGUGGGCACUUAGUAGGCAAAAUGCUCUAUGUCCACAGAGAUAAAUGCUAAUAGUAGAUGGAAGAAAGGCUUUGCAUACAAAAGGACUUUGCUUUACAAAAAAUAUGGUGUAUUCCAGAUUGCUGCAAUUCAGACCUUUAUUGAUGUAAAGAAUUACAGGCAAAAACCUUACAAUAAGCCAAAAAAGGGCCUAGGGCAUCUGGGGUCUAUGCAACCCGAGUGGACUUUGUCCCAAGAUCCCUUGGUAUACUAGCCUUUCUUCCAUCUGUUUAUAUAUAAAGAUAUAUAUAUAAAAACAAAUCUUAAAUAUUAAAAUGCUACUUUAAAUCUUUUAGCACUAUCUAGUGUGAGAUUGGUAAAGGUUCACAUUGUAUGUUUCUGCAUUCUCUCUGCUCCUGAGUUUUGUUGCAGUCUUACUCCAAUUGAUGGCUAGAUAAAUCUCUUGCGCUCUCCCCCCCCCCAACCCUUGUCUUUUUAUCCAUGUGUGACGUGUGGCGGUGUCUCGAUCUCUUUAGAGAUUAUUUGUGACCUUGCAUCCUUCCACCCUUUGCAGUGCACUGAGGUGUUUUGUUUACAUCAAAAUCAAAUGUCACAGCUUUGAGUCAAUAAACUGGCAGAUUUGGUUUCCCCCCCCCCAAAAAAAAAGCAAGCCAAUUUGACGCUACAUUCAGUUAAUUAUCGCAUUGCGCUCUCCAUUUAACGUCAUUUCACGUGCCAGUAAAACUGUCGUUCUGUGUGUGUAUCUCAAGCUUGCUGUAUGGUAAAUAUUGUGACGGGGUCGUUAGUGAGUGAUGUGUUUAUUUUAAAGUAGCAAAAAUAAUGUUAUAAGUAUUAAGAGUAAUAUAUUAUAUAUAGCUAUUUAUUAAUUUUUCUCUGCUGCUUAACCAGAGCAGGUGGAGAAAAAAAUAUGCGUGCAUUUUGUUUGUAAAUGCGUUUGUGUGAAAAUGUGAAUCCGCUGAGGGCAAGAAAAUGUGAUUUGUCCAAAGAAAUAAAACUUCUGGCAGUAUA